UUGCUGUUGAACGUGACGAUACAGGGGAGUUUAGGAGCUGUACAGGUGGUGAUGUCGCCGGAGUCGACGGUUGGAGAUUUGAUUACGGCGGCGGUGAGGUUAUAUGCUAAGGAGGCGAGGAGGCCUUUUCUGCCCACGACAGAUCCCGCGGAUUUCGACCUCCAUUAUUCUCAAUUCAGCUUAGAAAGUUUGAAUCGGGAGGAGAAGCUGAAAGAACUGGGUUCGAGGAAUUUUUUCUUGUGCCUUAAGAAGCCAAUUGAAGCUGCGAUGGAUGGGUCUGUGUCUUCGUCUUCGUCUUCGUCGUCUGUGGCGGUGGCAUCGUCGUCUUGUUCGAACCAAGCUGAGAAGGUUUCGAAGAUCGCUCUUCCCUGGCUUAGGUUCAUGGAAUUCUUGCUGUAGCUUAUUGAGAGAGAGAGAGAGAGAGAGAGAGAGAUGAAUCUGUGACGCUGUUUAAACUUAUUAUUGUUCAAUCGAACCUUAUUAUGGCUCGAUCUUCUAUAAAUUAGAAGGAGAAUUCGACUUUCUGUAAAUUAGUAGAAGAAAACUGUAAUUGGAUUCUGUCAUUUUAAAAAAAUCUUCUUUGAAUCGAAGUUUGUGAAAA